AUGUACAACAUACAGAGUAGACCCUUGGGAGAGCGUGCGAUUGAAGUUCGCAAGGUCGCUGGUUCGAUCCCGGCUCGUCCCAUUAGUUUUUGUUUUUUUCCCCUGCCUACUUACUUAGUAAGUAGUCCUUCCAAGGUUGGGACCUCGGUGAAGUGGGGGGCGAUCGAUAGCUUAGUUGGGAGCGUCCACGGCUUAGACAGGCUGGAAGUUUACUUCAAUCAAUCACAUAACUAG